AACUCUCUCUACGUACAGCUUCACCAAUUAUCUUCUCCACAUAUAUACAACAUCAUGGACUCUGAAUCAGUUAAGCCAACCCAGGCCUCAUCCGCUGAAAGAGAGCAGCACAAGCAACUUGAACGUGAAAUCAAAGACAUGGUCUCUUCCAUAACUCACCGCUUUUCAGAUAUUCACAAAUCAGGUUCAACCAAUCUGCAGGAGGAAGACCAAGAUGAUCAUGGCGUAAGAGUCAUCACCCUUGCAGGAACCAACUCUGGAGCCACCAUGCGAAGUGAGCUGGACGAGAAAUCCAGUACUCCUGCAGAUGGGUUUUCAGUUGGCGAGCCUGAGCCGCUGAGCACCUACGUGAACAGCAAUUUCCAAGCCAUCAACAACUCAAUCAUGAUGGGUGGCAGCUACUCCACCAACGACCCGGGUGUUCAUGUGGACAUCUCCGACUUCUUUGACAAAAAAGGCCACAAGCCGGGCGGCAAACAUGGAAAGAAGGAUAAGAAAAAAGACAAGGAAAACUUGAAAAGCGACCAUACCUCCACCCCCGACCAUUCUGACUGAGAGCUCAUCAAAAUGCAGAUGCAAGGAGGCCUGCUCGAGGGCUGAAGAAGCUUCAUUUAUCUACAAAUUAUUAAUAAAUUAAAAGUCUUCUUACGUGCAGCUGCUUUACUAUAUAUCUAAGAGUAUUAAGUUUGCAUGUAUGAGUAUCACAUGCAAUACAGUAUAUUUAUUUGUGUGUAUUGUCUAUUGUUGUUAAUUAAGAAUAUAAAUUAAAGA